AUGGAAGAAAACCUUUCCUCGAGGUGGUUGUGUAUUCGCGGAAGGUGACUCAUUUACUUACGCGCGGGGAUACUCGCUAUUCCUGUUCCCUUCCCCCUCCCUCUCUCUCUCUCUCUUCACGGUAGAAUCUACAUACCGGGCCGCGGUUUUUAAUUGCGUUCCUCGGGAUCGUAAACGCGCCACGUAUAUAACCGAUGCCCGGUCGAUCCGUUCCCUCAAUCGCGAUCUAAGUCUCGCGCCGAACGGAAACCACCAUCGAGGACUGCUCGUCACCUGUCGGGAAACCCUGUCGUCGUCAUGUGGACCAUUCUUUUGCUGCUUUGCCUGGUCUCGUCGUUCGAUGUCGGUACGGCGAGAAGACCGUUAAGAGGACAGGCUGUUGUUUCCCUCGAACAUUCGGAUUCCUCCGAGUCCAGCAGCGUGGAACACGCGCCGAUUCGACUUCCGCGGAAAUUCGGCGGUGACAGCCGCACCAGGCGACUGCACAUCGAGAAUCAGACUGGGUUCGACGGUAAAGUGGAAAAGAUCCACAUAAACUCCGACGAGGAUCUGCCCGGGAUUCGCGCGUACGGAAUGCCCCGAAAGAGUCUGGAGAACAACGGCCACAUCGAAACGAAGCUUCAGAGGAAGAUCGAGGAGGAAGUUGAAUCUGGAUCAAGACCAGCUCGAGCAAUCGAGGCGUACGGUAAGUCCAAGGAGCAACUGGAGACCAACGGAGAGAUCGAAAGGGUACAGUCACCGACCGCGAUGAGACAUCAGACGAGAAGGGGCGCGGUGGUAUCGAGGGUGGCCAGGUCGAUCGACACGGAGCCGAAAUCGACGGAAUCGCGUAAGAGCACAGAGGAUCUCGAGGCUCAGGACGCGAAGGUCUUUAGACCGUUGUUCGUCUACAGGCAGCAAUUAGCGAGGAAGCAACACCGCGGCCGGCAUCACGUUAACGGCUACCAAACGUACUUCUACCGACGGCCAUUCUACUGAGAAUCCUUUCACUCGAUGACGUGGUGGUGUACCGCUUUUAACCUCCCCGUCCGCCUGUGUAAUAACCUGUCGUCGAGGGCCCAUUAGACGGCGACGUACAAAUAGGCGUCUGGGCUUUAAUGACAACCGGGAGAUUUUGUUCGAGUCAUAAACGACCCGAUCCUCGAGUCGAUUAUCGUGACAAUUAGGCCCGUGACCGUUUAUGCAAAUCUUUAACGGACUGCUUCGCGAGAAUCGAAUUCGGCGUAGAAAAACAGAAAACUUUACAUAUCGUUUUAAUCAAAGGAGCUUAUAAACAGGGUGAUUCCGCUGGUCUUUGGUUAGCUUCUUGUUCCACUGUGUAUUUAUACGUAUGAUACCCGCGUGUGACGUAAAUUGCGUGGAAAUCCGUAUAGAAUGUUUUGCGUAUCAAGCUAUGUAUUCAGUCAGCGUUACUUUUGUGCCAUAAAAGGGAAUGUUGUUAGAGGUGGUCCGUUUUAACCUUUUAGCUAUAGCGAAGCUGACCAAAAAGUACUACCUGUUGAUUAUUGUAUAAUUACUAUUAUUAUUGGUCGCUAUAGAAUAGUUUGGUCGUUUGUUUAAAGCAGUAACUAAAUGUAAUUACCGUUGUUAGGUUAUCCGGUGUGUUUCAUUAGUAAACAAUCACUGUAAAAGAAACCACUAUGGCGACGCGUGAAUUUCGUCAGCGACAAGAAUGCAUCGAUAGAGAACGAUAAUCCGCGAGAUCGAGAGGAUUCGAGGUUGCGAUCGUGAAUCGAUCGAUGCCAAAAAGUAUUUUAAGGAUUACUUGCGAGACGAUCGUGUCUCGAAUCUAUGGUAGCCUAGAUAAUCAGUACUUAACGUGGAUAGAUGUGUAAAGCGCGAAAUGAAUAAAUCGAAAGA